AUGGCUUUGCCCGGUCGAUCGUCGCGUUGGGACGUGCUUCCAGAUGAGAUCGUGCUCCAGAUCAUUAGCUAUCUCGAUCCUUUCCACAUAACUCGACUGCAGCUCGUAUCGCGAAAGCUGCAGAAGCUCUGCCUCGACGACGAGCUGUGGAAGCGUCGCUGCUUCGAGGACUCAUCGUGGUACCAACGACUUAAGAGCCGCCGGCGACUUGUCACUCCCAGCGACUCCGACUCCGAGCCUCGAGAUGGAGUGGUGCAGCUAAACCCAGAAGCCAGCGGCGACACCGGCGCCGGCGAUGAAGAGAUUGUUAAUGGAGAUGAAAACAGCCCCAAAGCGGCGCAGAGGCGACAGCGGAGCCACCGACGGCAAGAGAUCCAGGACAUGGCCAACUGGGAUCCAUCAUUCCCCAGCGAACGUCUGUGCUGGUACAGCGAGUAUGUUCACCGGAAUGGACCUGCUUGUGUCAACUGGCUGCAGACGCCUCGAAUACGUGAACGGGGCGUCGAGGCCAUCAUCGAGGCCCGAGGGAUGGAGCUGUACUACCCAUACGACGGAAACGACGGCCUGGGCACCAUGCUGGCCGUAUCGCCGCUCGACGAUGGCUCGAUAUGUUUGUGGGACGUCAAGGGGACGCGCAACAAGCCAGGCUCGAUUCUCGCAACAAGCAAAUCCGAUAUACUCUUCAUCGAUGGGCCAGGAAGCCAGAAUACCAGACGUUCCAAGAGAGUCGACACAGGGGUUACGGAGUGCGUUAGCGUAGACAACCACAGGCAUCGUGCAUAUUUUGCCGUACAAAGCCAUUUGAUCGAAAUCGACCUCGAACGCCUAGAAGUCGUGAGCCGCGAAUCAUUUGAAUGGUCCAUAACCGCACUCUCCAAGAUUCAAAACGAUGUUCCCCUUACGGUUGGAACGUCUCUCGGCAUCCAUCUAUUCGACCCUCGUGCAAGAGCUCGGCCGGCGCAAGUUGCCGUAGAACGCGUGGAUCAGAACGAUAUAUUCAAAUCAAUAUUCGACCCGACGCCGUUGCUCCCCUAUGCGCCGCUUUCUCAACCUACUCCCGUCAGCAUUGUACAUCUUCCACUGCAUGGAGCGCCAGAUUUAGUAUCACACGACAUCUACGUGGCCGGUAGAUUCUCCAACAUAUUACAUUACGAUCGCCGCAAGUUUCCCGUCAUCAUGGACUCAAUUUACUCGGGAGCUACGAUCAACAGCAUGGCGGCAACGCCCCAUCCAUUCUCCUGUCUGGAUAGCGAAAUCAGACGGCAAGGCGAGCUCAGCGCAGAGCAGGUAGCCAAGUCCAAAGAGGGCAGCGAAGGCUGGACGCUGGUGGCCGGGGGAACAUAUAAGUCUAAGGGUUCUCUUGAAAUCUUUGGUCUCAGCCAGGCGGUUGUCGACCCCGUGGGUCGCGAGAUGAUGCUGAAUUCUACCAUGAAGAAUAGGCAAACUGCCGCCUCCGCUUCAAUCCUGUCAGUCGCCAAUCACGGCAGCAAAAUUGUGUUUUCAGAUGGAGCUGGCUCUAUCAAGUGGUUUGAGAGAGACGGCCUAACAGAGUGCCGCCGGCUAAGGAUUGGCCACUGCGAAGGAGACGAUGCCCCAUCGCUGUUCGCCUCCAUGAGCGCAGCCGGCGAGCUCGCGCGCAAGCUCGUGUCGACCAAGUCAAGAGAAGCCCCUGAUCAGCCCAAUGAUGACAACGUUUUGUUCUGGACGGGUGAACGAUUGGGUCUGGUCAGCUUCACGCCAAGGCCACUAUAUCAUUCCAAGGACUUUGAAGACGAGCCGGACCCUUACGCUUUGGCCGAGGAGGAAGAAAGAAGACGCUAUGCAGAUCAGAUGCGCGAGGCCUUGGAUUUCCAGGCGGAUGAGGUUAGAUACAUGAAUACAUUUGGAAGCGGAGCUCCUCGCGAAUGA